CUCUGAAAACUUGCUUUCUGGAGAGCAAUGAUGAGAUGCAGCAGCCAAGCCUGUCUCUGAAAUCCGCUGCUCGCCCAAUCAGACGAGCAGAGCACUCAAAUUACAGAGGCUGCUGCCGUCACCUUAAACCCUUGUUAUCGAGUGACAGAGGAUGCGCUGAAACACCCUACAAAAGGCUCUAUUUCCAGCUUAUUUAAGUGCAUUAGUGCGGAAGCUGGAGCUAUACAGAAGGGCCAGGGAAGAAGAACCUUUAGAGCAUCCUCGGGGAAGCGCGCGCCUCGCGGGGGCCAGCUGCGGGGACAGGGCUCCGGCCAGGCGCCCGCGGAGCUCGGCCGCUCGCCCAGCCCAUGAAGACCUUGUCGCCGACUCGCUGAAAGCCUCAGAGGACUUCGCACGCCACCAUGCCAGCCCAGCAGAAGAAAAUCAUCUUUUGCAUAGCCGGGGUGCUGAGCUUCGCCUGCGCGCUGGGGACGGCGGCAGCCAUCGGCACACAGCUGUGGGUGAAGGGGACGACCCUCUGCAAGACGGGAGCCCUGCUCGUCAACGCCACCGGCCACGAGCUGGAGAAGUUUAUUGGCGAAAUCCAGUACGGGCUGUUCCACGGCGAGCGCGUGCGGCAGUGCGGGCUCGGGGGGAGACCUUUCCAGUUUUCCUUUUUUCCAGAUUUGCUCAAAAUUAUCCCUGCAAGUAUCCAUGUUAGUGUCAUUCUCUUCUGUACAGUACUGAUCGUCUUUGCUCUGGUGGGAGCAGGUUUCUUCAUGUUCAAUGCUUUUGGCAGCCCCUACGAAACUCUGCACGGCCCUGUCGGGUUGUACCUCUGGAGCUUCAUCGGGUGUUCCUGUGGUUGCCUCAUCAUGAUCCUCUUCUCUUCAGAGGUGAAAAUCCACCACCUUUCAGAGAAAAUUGCUAAUUUCAAAGAGGGAAGUUUUACAUUCAAGACUCACACUGAACAGUUUGCAAAUUCAUUCUGGAUCAUCCUGGUCUGCUCCCUGGUGCACUUCCUGAAUGCCUUGCUAAUACGAUUUGCUGGAUUUGAUUUUCCCUUUUCAAAAUCAAAAGAUUCAGGGACAAUCACUGGAGCAGUUGACCUGAUGUAUUAGAAUUACAUAAUUUAAGAACAUUUCAAGCAAAGAGGUUCAUCACUACUACAUUCAACAACCACCAGGUGUACUAACUUGUAAGUGAUUAGCUACAAGGUCAUUAAAAAAGGGAAAGCUUCAAAUAAACACCAAUAUGACAUAUGCAGUAAACAAAAGAAGACAUGCCAUUUGGUAUUGUCUCGAUCCAAGUACCCUUUCCCGGGGUAAGGCUUUCUGAAAGCAUUUGCCUUUUUCCCCAGUAAGUUAUCUGAGAAACAGCUGGCACCAAGAAAACUCAGAAUAUCAGUAGCAUUGAACUGGAUCUGGAAGUAAAAGAAACAGGUUGUAACAGAAGCCCAGACUAUCACCAGCAGCAGUUUUGCCCUUUAGCCCUCGGGAAGGCAGAGAUGAAGUUGUCCAUAAAGCUCUUUUGGGUUUUUUAGUUUUAACAAACCAGCUCUUCGACCCCGAAGUCCCCAAAGCCCUCACCUCCCUGUGCAGUCACUGCGGAUGGGCCCUUCGCAGCCCCGGUUAAACGCCGCACGCAGCAGAGCGGGAUGCAGGGGCGAUGCAGCACGAUCCCUCCUGCCCCAUCCCUGCUGCUGAGCACCCCCGCGACACCCCAGGGCGAGGGGCACUUCCCAGAGCGGAGCCACAGGGACAGAGCAGGCACGUGCACCACAGCCCCCCAAAGCCGCGCGGGCAGAAGCACCAAGAGCCCUGCCCAGCCCCGCAAACCCUCUCGUCCGACAACACAAGUGAAGCAAAAGCCCUCGGACAGCGGUGGAACAAAGCAACAGGCUGACAGGGUGCACGGCAGCACCAGAGACCCACGGGGAAACGCAGGAGGCUUCUCUACCUCAAGGCGUGCAGAAGGGAUGGACACAGCCCUUGCACCCUUAAACUCCUGCAAGUCAGUUAAACCCGCCAGAGCACUCCCCCAGGCCAGCCCACUCACCGCCACGGGGGCUCCUCCCGAGCACGGGUACCGCACCAGAGCAAACCCCACGGAGAGGCCAGGGGGGAGCCUCCUGCCCCAGGCACCCCUUUAUCUGCCGGGCUGCGACCCCAGCCCCAGCACAGGUGGGGGCAAUCCCAGCCCAGACCCACCGAGUCACCUGGGGGGAAAAUCAGCCCCGGCACCCGUCGGGACUCACCUGAGCACUGCAUGCUUCCAGCUCUAGUGACUUGCCAGAUGACCUCACUGACUUUUAUGUCAAUUUUUUUAUAUUUUUACUAUGAAUGGUAAAACACAGCAGGGUUGUUUUGUAAAAGGUCUGUCAACUAUACCCCUACUCUGCGAACCCUCUCACAAAGCGGCUCGGCCUCCCCACGCUCUACCCUCUCCCUGGAUUUUAACGAUGUGUAAGGGCUACUCGAGUUGCCACGACCCCCUUUUUUUCAUCAUUUUCUUCUCAGUUAAUAUGCAUUCUUCUUAACGUUAACGUACCUUCUUAACACAUAAUUUGUAUUACAUCUCCUGGUAUUGUUUACCAAAACGAUGAGUACUGUUUCAUCCUUCUUGUUGCUGGUGUUUCAUGGAGCUGCUCUGCUCUGCACCUCUGUGGCAGCUUUGGCAACCGCCAGCGUAAAGGGUGGGCUGUACGGGGUCAGACACACCAGGUGGGCUGUACGGGGUCGGACACACACACACCGGGUGGGCUGCACGGGGUCGGACACACCGGGUGGGCUGUACAGGGUCAGACACACACACCGGGUGGGCUGUACGGGGUCAGACACACACACCGGGUGGGCUGUACGGGGUCAGACACACACACCGGGUGGGCUGUACAGGAUCACCUGUACAGGUUGGAUGUACAUGUAUCGCACACAAGUUUCUCUCUGGGUGUCCCUCGCCAGUCCUGAAGAAGGGCCUGGCCUGUGUCU